UGUGUUAUUGGAGCCUCGGCCCUUACGGGGCAUUUGGGGGACUCAGUUUUGCGUGUUUUCUCUGUGCUAACAGACAAACAACAACGCACCGCCAGCUACAAGUGACGCAGUGAACCAAAAACCUACUAAAAAAAAAAAAAACAAAAGAAUUAAAAGCUGCGAAGUGGCCCGAAUAGCACACAUCAAGUAAUUCCCUUGAUUUGCAGCAAUUGUGGGCGUACAGCGCCAACGCUUUGUGUGUGUGUUCGUUUCUCUUUAGUUCCAGCAGCUGGUAGCUGUCAUGAGAAAUAGCAGAGAUCAGGAAACUGCGCCAAUUGCUGCGCCGCGCAAUGGCAGCGCUUCGAACAUGUUUCGUAGCUUUGGCUCGCUCUUUGGUAGCAGCGCCGGCUCAGAGAUUGCACGUCCAAUGACGCCUCAAUCAAGCGAUGGCUACGUGGAGUUUGGUAUGCAAGAUCCGGAGCGCAGCGGACGUACACUGGGCACAUUUGCGGGCGUCUUUAGCCCUGUGGCCCUGUCCAUGUUCAGUGCAUUGGUCUUCAUACGUGUGGGUUACAUUGUGGGUAAUGCGGGCUUGUAUGUAACGCUGCUGCAGUUCCUCAUAGCGUACGCAAUUUUACUAUUUACGGUGGCCUCUGUUUGUGCCAUAUCCACAAAUGGAGCUGUUGAGGGUGGCGGCGUCUACUUCAUGAUUAGUCGCACUCUGGGUCUUGAGUUUGGCGGCUCUAUUGGCACACUGUUCUUCUUUGCGAAUGUGGUUGGCUGCGCCAUGGCGAUAUCCGGCUGCACGGAGGGCGUCAUCGAUAACUUCGGACCCGGCGGCCGUUUUGUCAGCGAUUCUGGUGCCCAUCUGCCCGAUGGGAAGUGGUGGCGCUUCCUUGUUAGCAGCGGUAUCAACACAAGCAUGCUGCUCGUCUGUCUAGUGGGCGCCGCUCUCUUUGCCAAAACAUCGGUGCUUAUUUUGGGCACGGUGACCGUUUGCCUGUUUGCCACAUAUAUCAGCUUUUUGACCGUGGGCGCCACCAACGAUACGAUUCCUGUGCCGGUAGUGAAUACGCUUAUGAAUGCUACGGCCUUUUUGCCGUAUACGGGUCUCAGUAGCAAGACCUUGAGCGAUAAUUUGGGCUCACAUUAUGGCACGGAUUAUACGUCGAACUACAAGAAUGUGGAUUUCUCAACAACGUUUGGUGUGCUCUUCUCUGGCGUUACGGGCAUUAUGGCCGGUGCGAACAUGUCUGGGGAGCUAAAGAAUCCCUCGAAAAGCAUACCAUGGGGCACACUGUCUGCCGUUUGCUUUACAUUCGUCUCGUAUAUCAUACUCUCGUUCCUGAUGAGCUGCACCACGCCGGCUGUGACCAUGCAGAACAACUAUCUGUUCCUGAUGCCCGUCAAUCUGUGGCCUCCAUUCACAGCCAUUGGCAUUCUGACUGCUACCUUCUCGACGGGACUGAGCAAUUUGAUUGGCUCCAGUCGCAUUUUGGAGGCGCUCAGCAAGGAUCAGGUCUUUGGCUCGUUGUUGAACUUUGUGCUCCGUGGCACCUGGAAGGGCAAUCCCAUCUGUGCUGUUGUUAUCAGUUGGGUGCUGGUCGAGUGCAUCCUUUUGAUUGGCUCGUUCAAUAUUAUUGCUCAGAUUAACUCGGUGCUGUUUAUGCUAUCUUAUUUGGCCACGAAUCUGGCCUGUUUGGGUAUUGAAUUGACCGGUGCUCCCAAUUUUCGACCACUCUUCAAAUACUUUACCUGGCACACCUGUCUCGUUGGUCUGCUGGGUACAUUGAUUAUGAUGUUUGUCAUCAAUCCAAUUUAUGCCUCGUCCUGCAUCAUUUUGUGUUUGAUCCUGGUCAUAGCACUGCAUCUCUUCUCUCCAGCCACGCAGGCGGCACAGUGGGGCUCCAUCUCCCAGGCGCUGAUGUUCCAUCAGGUUCGCAAAUAUUUGCUUAUGCUGGAUCCACGCAAAGAUCACGUCAAGUUCUGGCGUCCACAAAUUUUACUCUUGGUCUCCUCACCGCGCUCGUGCUGUCCUCUUGUGGACUUUGUUAAUGAUCUAAAGAAGAGCGGUCUCUACAUCAUUGGCCACGUCAAGAUUGGCGAUUGUAAUGGCGUUGAAGAUGCAGUCGAGAACCAGCAAUGGUGGUCCUUCCUGGAUCAUAUGCGUGUCAAGGCGUUCACCGAGGUGACCAUCAGUCGCAGCAUCCGCGAAGGCGUUCAGCAUCUAAUACGUCUGUCCGGCAUUGGUGCCAUGAAACCAAAUACCAUUAUUUUGGGCUUCUAUGAUAAUGAGGCACCAAAGGAUUUCUUUCAAAAUGGCACUUCCCCAUAUAAAACGGAUGCCUUUAAUGAGGGUGACGCACUCAGUUUUCCCAUACGACGUGAUGGUGAGCCAAAACAAUUUGAGGUGCAGGAAUAUGUGCAAAUUCUUUGCGAUACGCUGCGCAUGAAGAAGAAUCUGUGCUUGUGUCGCAACUUCCAGCGUCUGGACAAGAACUUCAUAACUAUAAGCAAACACGUUAAGUAUAUAGAUGUGUGGCCUAUUAAUGUAUUCAAUCCCACAUCGGGCGAUCCCUUUGACAUGGUCUCGCUGUUCAUGAUGCAAUUGGCUGUUAUCAUGUUGGCCAAAUGGAAGCAUCUGCGUGUGCGCAUCUUUCUAUGCGAAACAAACGAGGAGAGAACUGUGGGUACCUUUGAUACACAAGCACCGCAAAUGGAUGUAUUUUCUAAGCUGAAACUGGAACAAUCCCUGAAGGAGCUUCGUAUUAAUGCGGACAUAAUAGAGAUACAGGAAUGGAGCAGGAACACAGACUUCACUCGUCAUGCGCGCAUUCUCAGGCAAUUUACAGCGCAAGCAGAUGAGGCACUGCUGGACGAUGGUGAUGAGAUCGCUGAGGAUAAGUUUAAUCAUUCGCUACUGUACAUGCAGCGUGUGAAUCAAAUAAUACGUGAUCGUUCCGAUCAGACGGCCUUAUCAUUCGUUUAUUUGGCUGCACCACCUAAGCCCUCAUUGACGGACUUUAACGACCGCAGUGCCAGCUACAUAGAGCUACUCUCCGAGCUAACAGCCGAGCUGCCGCCUACCAUUUUAGUGCAUGGCGUCAGUACGGUGACCUCGACUACGCUGUAAGCUAUGUAAACCCAGACACCUACAACUCUUUCUUCGAUUCGCUCGUGCGGGAGAUUGCAGGCGCACAGUGAUAUCAAAUACAUUGCAUAUGCGGCACAUACACAUAAUGAACUUUAACAAGCCGCACAUUAAUACUGGAUCAAUCCAAUUUCAUAAUACGAUCGCUCUCUUUUAAAUUUGUAAGCCCCUGGGGCUUAAUGCUAUAAUUAAUCAUAUGAGUAUUUGUUUUUGUGUUGUGUGUAGGCUGAAAGCUAAUGAAAACUAUAUAUAUAUAAAAAUUUAUAUUUGUAUGAACAUAACGUAUAAUCAUGUAUUCAUGUUUGAUUUUAUCUUAUUUUAUACAACCACAAGAACCACUCUAAUAUCAUCGAUACACUUUGUACUAAUUAUCAUAUCAGCAAAUUCUCUAUUUAACACCUAUUUUUAUACGAAUAUAUAAUAAUAUUUAACACACAAGUGCGGACCAUUUAAAGACAAACAAAAAUAUGUAUAUAUAUAUGUGUCCGUUUUGUGCUCUGUACGAUAUUAACGAUUUUGUGAUUCGAGAACCCGCUCUCUCUAUUAUAGCAAAAAGUAUUAUAACAAAAAACUUUUAGUUUCACAAAGAAACCCUAUUAAACUAUUCAUUCGUUUUAGUAAAUAAUUUUCCACAUAUUUAUGGCGUCUCACAGCGAACCAUUCACAAUUAACUGUUUCGAAAUUUUAAGCUAGACAUAUUUUAAAUUAUACGUAUAAAUAUAUUUUUCUGUUUGAGCAGUUAAUCGUGAUUGUGGCUGUGAGUAACCCGCAUAUACAAACAUUUCAUUUAUAAUUAUACUGGAAAUGUAUUCAGUUCUUUCCAAUAAUAAAUUAAACAUAACGAUAUGUCUUAAUGUAAAUGUUUGAAUACUUGAUUAGUGUUGGAGUUAUUGCAGUUG